CAAGAAGACGGAAGUUCGCCAUUACAAUAAAUAUCUUAAUAACUGAGAAGUUCAUAGGAUGAGUGCUUUCUGAAAAUUAAUUGUUAAUAAUUAUUGGAGAUACACGUGACGCUGAGGUCCCGGGUUUGGAUACCGCCAUUGCUCUUGUCGCAUAAGUACAAUAAAAUCAUUUUUAAUGAUUGGAGUAUCGAGAGGAGAAAGAGACCGCCUAACCGUUAAAAUUCAUAACAUGAAAAGGAGUGGAUCUAGAGAUUCACCUCCUCCGCGCACAAAAAGAUCCAGAAGCAGUAUGGGCAGAUACGAAGAUAGUUCUGAUGAAAGGAUUACACCAGAGCGUAUUCGUCGGAGGGCAAGAUCGCCCAGUUUAAGGACUAGAUAUAUUUCCCCUCACAGGGAAGAGUACAUGCGAUCACGGGAUAUUCCUGAGAGAUCUUAUUCGUAUAAAGUACUUUGUGUAAGUGCUCUGCACCCAAAAGCCAGCGAUGAAGUAAUAAAAGAUACACUUUACAGAGAGUAUAAAAAAUUUGGUGAUUUAAGUAUUCGAAUAUCUCAUGAUCUAGAUGAGAGGGUAGCCUAUGUGUGUUUCAGAACUGCAGAGGAUGCUCGAGAAGCAAAGCAUAGUAAACCACGUAUAAUUUUAUAUGACAAAGUUGCUUUAGUAGAACCUGUUUAUGAAAGCAACCGAGCUGAAACCUAUCGAAGCCGACCUCGAUCAUUCACUCCAGAAUAUGAAAGAACAUAUUAUGCACGAUCACCAGAACGUCGCAGACCUAUUGAACACUAUGAACGAAAUUAUGGACCUCCCCCUACGAGCAUUGCUCAUAGGGAGUUUCGUCCUAUUGCACACCAUGAAUAUCUUCCUCGUGGACCUCCCAUGCAUCAUGGACCUCCACACAUGCAUCCAGGUCCACCGCACCACUAUGUUCCUCGUCAUCUCAUUCAUGGUGGUCCCAGGCCUCACACCCCAUUUGAAAAACCAGAAAAUAAAAAAGAUAAGUUUCCAAAUUAUUUGCAUCAUGUUCAACCAGAAGAUGAUCCAUUGGCCACCAGAACGUUGUUUGCAGGUAAUUUGGAAAUAAACAUAUCAGAUGAAGAAUUACGUCGUAUUUUUAGUAGGUAUGGUAUUGUUGAAGACAUUGAUAUUAAAAGACCUCCACCAGGCACUGGGAAUGCAUUUGCUUUUGUAAGGUAUCAAACAUUAGAUAUGGCACACCGUGCCAAAGUUGAACUGUCAGGUCAAUACAUAGGAAAAUUUCAGUGCAAAAUAGGUUAUGGUAAAGCUACACCGACCACUAGAAUAUGGGUGGGCGGUCUAGGGCCAUGGACUUCUGUUCCACAGUUAGAGAGGGAAUUUGAUAGAUUUGGUGCUAUAAAGAAAAUUGAAUAUGUUAAGGGGGACAAUAAUGCUUACAUUUUGUAUGAUUCUAUAGAUGCAGCACAGGCUGCUGUUAAAGAAAUGAGAGGUUUUCCUUUAGGUGGGCCUGAUCGUAGAUUAAGGCUAGAUUUUGCUGAUGUUACGCCUGGUGGUCCAUUUCGCCCUAAGCAUGCAUAUCCAGUUGCAGAAGAUAGUGUUGAGUUUAGGCGAGUACCAGAAUAUGAAAGUUACGAAGGGUGGGAAGAAGGUAGUUUCUAUUCUGGUCCUCCUAGAAGUUAUAGAGGCCGUGGUGGACCUUGGCGUGGUACUAGAGGUGCGUACAGGGGAGGAUAUCAUGGUGAAGGCUAUAGAGAAGAGGAUUAUGUCAGUAGACGUCUGCCUCCUGAGUUGGACUAUGAAACUUCUCGCUGCAUUAGGAGAUCAGGUUCUCGGGAGCCUGGAGUUGAUAGAUCUCGAUCCCGUUCACCUAGGCAUAGAUCACCUGAAAGUGAUUCAGAUACGUCAACUCGACGAGGUUGUGUUGGUAGUGGCAUGUUAGCUUCUGCCAGAACUUUACCGGAAGUUGCGCGCAAAUCUACAACAACCUGGCAUGGUGCACUUAUAUUAAAAAAUUCUCUGUUUCCUGCUAAGUUUCAUUUGACUGAUGGUGAUAAUGAUAUUGUGGAAGGACUCAUGAAAGACGAAGAUGGCAAGCAUCAUCUGAGAAUAACUCAAAGAUUGAGACUAGAUCAACCAAAACUUGAAGAUGUUCAAAAACGGAUUGCAACAUCUAGUUCACAUGCGAUAUUUUUAGGUCUUGCUGGAUCUACUGGUUCAAUUUCAAAUGAUGAUACUAGUGUGCAAACUAGGCCACUAAGAAAUCUUGUUUCAUAUCUCAAGCAGAAAGAAGCUGCAGGCGUAAUAUCUUUAUUAAAUAAAGAAACAGAAGCAACUGGAGUGCUUUACUCUUUCCCGCCUUGUGAAUUUUCGACAGAAUUGCUAAAGCGAACAUGUCACAACAUCACAGAGGAGGGGCUUAAAGAAGACCAUUUGGUUAUUGUAGUUGUCAGAGGUGGAACAGCCUAAUCCAUAUUGGUUUUUGGUAUGAUACUGUAAUUUUACUAUUUUUAUAUAAUUUUUGUAGGGCUUUGAAUGAAUCAUUCAAAUAUUUAAUUUUACAAUUUCUAAUUUAAAGAGCUUUUACAUAUUCCAAGUUAUUUAUAGGAAUAUUAUGAUAGAAUUCUUGUAUUAUCACUUGCAAAUUGAAGGUAAAUUAAUAUUUAAGUUUUACUUUGACUAUAAAAUAUAAUAGUCCAUAAAUAUAAUAUUAAGGUACUUUAUAAGAAAUUUUAGAUUUAUUGCACAUGAUCGCAAUGGAAGAAGCAGCAUUGAUUUCAUUUAAACACGUUGCAAGAAAACUGAUGUGAAAUGUGAUUAGUAUUGAGUGAAGUAUUUGACAACAAAUUAUUAUACAAUUCAGCAUUUAUUUCAGAUUUUGAUUUUAAUUUUCAAUUCAAUUACUUUUCAAAACGUUAAAAUGAAAUUGAUAAAAAAAAAAAUUGCUGUAAUUUUACAAGUGAAUUUGUAAUUGUGAGAUUUUCCAUUCAUAAUGUGUACUAGAUCUUUAGUGGUGACGUGGAAAGUGUAUGAUAGGUUCAUUUCAUGUAAUUAGUAAUUAGUUAUACAUAAUAUUUGUGUCGUGUUAAUAUCAGUGUCAGGGUGGUUUGUGUAAAAGAAAAUUUAAUUUAACAGAAUUUAACAUUGAAGUUAAAUUAAAUUAUCUUUUUUUUUGUUGAAAACCUUGUGCAAUUAAGUGAACAAAUCAUCAAAUAAUUGUGGUUUUGUGACAAAUAGAAUGUUAGUUCUUAAAGACAAAAGUUGUUUUUGUGUAACUUUAUAUCCCAAAGACCUCGCGUUUUCAAUAAUUGUGUGUCGUUAUCUAAAUAACUUACGCUUGUGAUUAUAAAUUAAAAAA